AUGUUUGGGCGAAUUUUCCAUCCGUUGCUGGCAGCUGCUGUGGCGGUGCUCUUGUUUUGCAUUCGCGCUUUUGGCCACAGCUUAACCCAAGUUGGGCGUGUCAGAGAAGAAGGCCGCCUGCAUGCAUCUUUGGUCUAUGUUUGGUCCCGGGUUAUUUGCUUGGCACCUAAGCCACCAUUGCCAGUUGCCAGGCAGAAUUUAGAGCUGCAGCGAGAUCUGCUGCCAAGACCUCAGGGCUCGAGGGUUGGUGGCGCACAGAAUGUCAUUGCGACUCCACAAUCUUUCUGUAGAGGGAUCUCUUGUGGCACCAAGGCAGCUGUUGUGAAAAAUAAUGCUCUGCAGAUGGCUGCGGCUUCGGCAGAAUCUGCCAAAUUGUCACGAGCCGCAUCUGCCGGAGGAGCGCCUGCCAGUCGAGCCCCCGUCAAUCGAGCGCCCGUCAGUCGGGCACCUGUCCGUCGGGCACCUGUCAGCAAAACUGGCAGCAUCUUUCGCAGACCUCGAGGCUCCAAAGAUGUCAGAGCCGCGUCUCCGGUUCGAGAGCCGGAGGAGAAAGACAGAGAAAGGUCUUCGGACAGAAACCCUGCCACCGUGACAAAGGCUCACGAUGCUUUCAAGAGACGAAGUGAUGGAGUUCGCAAUGCCUUGGACAUCAGCCACUCCCUUUCAGACUCUUUUUCUGAGAAGAUUUAUGAAAAGGCUCGCAAACUUGACCUGGGCGUUCCUGACGUCCCUUUGUCUGGCGAUGCAGCAGGCUCAAGUUUGUCGCUUGCUGAUCGGCCGAAAUCUGGGGGCAGCGUGAGCACCUUCCUGGACUCUCACGCCAGACCAGCGCCCCGUGGAAGCUCGAAGCCACGGAGGGCUGAGGCGACCAUGGCCAUGGCGCAGGGGAGAGAGGAAAGUACCAGAGAUGCUGGAGCAGCGCUGUCGCCCAGUGCCCUGAACAAGCUGGUGCUCAAGCCUCGAGAUUCAAAGCGUCCAGAUGCAGUUGCGAGAGCGGAAGGUGCAGAGGGCCAGCCGCAAAACCGGUCUCGAAAAGGAGCGCCUUCAAAAGAGGAGUUGCGCAGGAGAGACACUCCUGGAGGCAGGGAUGUCCCUGUUGACACCGAGAUUUUGUUAGCGAAGGCUGAGAUGUUGAUGCGGCCUCUACCAAGCCAAGAAGGUGCAAGGGCUGAGCCUGAUAGGCAGCGCCCAGACAGAUCUGAAGGCACAGCUCGUGUUUGGAAGGCUCGCUCAUCAACAGGGCCUCCAUCUGCCAAAGAUGACCUUCCUGAGCCUGUCCAUUUGAGAGGCCGAGACUCAGACGACUCUCAGAUGUCAGGACAGCAAGAUCGAGCUCGUUCUCACCGUCAUGUAGUCCUGAAGUCGAGAAGCCGAAGCCCCAAAGAUCGAGGGAGGGCUGCGGCGCCGCCGAUCCGAAGACGAGAGGAUCUGCACGAGGACCUCCAAGCCCGGCGUCCUGUCGUCUUGGAAUCCCGACGGUCAGACUUCCCAGAGCCAUCCAGCUCUACAAGGCAAGUCAUCACCAGCCAGGAUGAGGAUGACCGGCGAGGGGCUUGGGAAGGCAGAGACGGCACCAGCCCCCGGGCGGCGCGGAUGCGAACAGAGAAUGGGCUCAGCAAGAGCUCAGCUGGGCACCGAACCGAUGCCCAAAGUGAUCGACAAGCGCCUCGUCACAGAGACCGACCUGAGGACUUCAUGUCUACAGGUGACUGGUCCAACCGGCAUGUGGAGAAAGAUCCAUAUCCCAAUGGGCGCAGCACCCGACGUCAUGAGGAUGGUCCUACAGGCUUCCGAGAGAACACUUACCCGGCAUACCCGGAGGAACGCCGAGCACCUCGAAAUGCCCUUGCAGAGCAUACAAGUGAUCGGAAGGAUUGGCAGCGCAGAGAUGGUGAGAGCCAGUCCCACCAACCACAUGGUCGACCAGAGGAGGAGCAUGGAUCUCGCUCGCAUGCGGCGACUAGUGAACGCUUGGCUCCUCGUGAUGAUGAAAGGCGGUACAAGGACAGGCCUCGAGAGGAGGAGCGUCGGACACCUCGCACGAAGACGUCAGAAGCACUGCCGCCCCCACCGCCGCCUCCUCGAGAUGAUCGUCAUGACCAGGAGGAGAGAUCCUACAGAACUGGUCAGCCGCACCUGUCAAGCAACAGAUGGAGCGAAGCAGCCUCAAGCACGGAGGAGUUCCGGGACCGUGGGGACCGUGCUCCCAACGGCCAGUGGCUGACAAGCCGUGACGGCCGUGAACAGGGCGAAAGACAUCGCAGAGACGGUGCCCACGACUAUCGUCGCGAGUGGGACCCGGACCCCCGCGAGAAGGAGACCUGGGAUCAUCGCGGAAGGCUCAGCCAGCUGAUACUCGCUGAUAGUUUGACAAUGUUUGACAGCCUCAUCUCGAUCUGA